CAGAAGUAGUAGUAGUAGAGGAAGAAACAGACAGAAGCCUUCAGAUGAGUUUCUCCCUGUUUAAUAAAGAAGGGCAAUCAUUUAAAACUCUUUUUGAAGAGUGGGUGAAAGCGCGAACAUGAGUGCAGCAAUAGGAGAGAUUCCCGAAACAGUUAAAGAUGAGGACAAAGAAUGUAAGACGGAACACAACAUCCUUGAAGCUGAUGUUAAGGAGGUGGUGAUUGUUAAAGAAGAGGUACCUGUGGACUACAGACCAUAUGCUCACCUGAAUGACCCAAAGCCUGAACACAUAAAGGAGGAACAGGAAGAAAUCUACGUCAGUCUGGGGGGAGAGCAGCUCAAUGCAAAGGAGGAGAUGGAAGCCACCAGCUUUCCAGUGACUGCUUCUCUCAAUGACGGUGUGAAUGAUAACCAUUCCCCUCGGCUCUCUCAGCUUUAUCCAGACCAGUUUACAGGCAGAGAGAUUCCAGAUGGUUCUAUUUACUUAAAGACUGAAGAUACUAUGGAGGAUGAGGACAAUAAUAUAAAACCUUCAGUCUCUGAGCUGAAACACUGUGGGCUAAAAACUAAGGACAUGGACAAUGACUGGAAGUACAGAGCACCGGAAUUGGAUGGAAAUACGAAGAAACCCUAUAGUUCCUCUAUGUUUGCUGAACAUUUCUUUCUUCCCUUUGUUCAGAACGACUCAAUAGAUUCAGAUAUAGAGUCUUCAAGCUUCCAAAAUGAAGGCUCACAAAGGGAAGUCCAGCCAGAAUUAAAGUUAAGCUAUGAAGACUGUGGUAAAUUAUUGACAGGAACACGAGGUUUAAACAGACAUAAGAAGCUCCACACUGGACGGAAACCCUACACCUGUGAUGUUUUGCCGUGCAUUAUGGCAAGCCGACGAAGAUUAUAUUCAGUCCAGGAAGUUCUUGAGAUGGUUUGCAUUCCCAAUGGGGCUUUAUCUGACACAGAAUCCAUUUCAGAUGAUAAAAUUGCAGAUCCAGAUUUUGUGGAAACUCCUAAAGCUUACGAGUCUGACUCCAGCUUUGAUGAGGAUGAGCCACUAGCAGAUAUAGCAAGAAAUUAUCCCAACCAGCUCGAUGUUGAAAUUCAUCAUGCACAUGUAGACAGUGACAUUGAGGCUCCAGAUGACAAUGAACCUCAGCCAGGCCCAGCUCCAGUCAAAAUAGAGUUUUCUUGGAAACAGAGGAAACCCCCAGCAGCUGACAUCGACUCUUCAUUCCAAGGACCUGCGUUCUCAACUCCACCAGAUAAAAUCCCAAGUCCAAGGUGGUAUUUUGAUCAGUUCAUGGACAAAUCUGUGUUUGAACACAUUUCUCACCAAUCUAACCUGUAUGCCUAUAUGAAGAGUGGCUCAGAACUGAAAACAACCUCUGCUGAAAUGGAGCAAUUCAUUGGUUUACACAUCUUGAUGACCAUAGUACGUAUGCCAUCGUACCGCAUGUACUGGCAGACGGCAACACGCUAUGACCCAAUUGCAACAGUCAUGGGACGUAAGAGAUUUGAUCAUCUGCGAGCAUACAUCCAUAUGAAUGACAAUACCAACAUAAAGCAAAAGGGUGAGCCUGGAUACGAUCCACUGUUCAAGGUGCGACCAGUGCUUGAGAAAGUCCGUGCCAACUGUUUGAAAGUUGAACCAGAAGAAAACCACACAAUUGAUGAGCAGAUGAUCCCCUUCACAGGAAGGAUUGGAAUGAAACAGUACCUCAAGAACAAGCCACAAAAAUGGGGAAUCAAGGUCUAUACUCGUGCAGGUGUCAGUGGACUAGUCUAUGACUUUGAAGUAUACACUGGAAAAGGGACUGUGACCAAUGAGCGUGGACUUGGUGUUGCUGGUGAAGUUGUGCUUCGACUCGUGUCAGAAGUUCCUAAAGGGCUAAACUACAGGUGUUACUUCAACAACUGGUUUACUUCCCCUGAGCUCAUUGUGGAACUGAAAAAAAUGGGAAUUCAAACAGUUGCUACCAUCAAUCGGAACCGUCUCCGUGGAUGUACCCUCAAAAGUGACAAGGAGCUGGCAAAGGGUGGGCGUGGGGCGUAUGAAGUGAAAUACGACAUGACCAGUGGGAUUGCUGUCGUGAAGUGGUAUGAUAAGAAGGCAGUGUUACUGGCAUCAUCCUUCACAGGCCCUGAUCCUGUUGACAGAUGCAGAAGGUGGUUGAAAGAGAAGAAGGAAUAUGUCGAAGUGGACAGACCCCACAUCGUACAGGUGUACAACAAAUUCAUGGGAGGAGUAGACUUGGCAGACAUGUAUGCAUCUCUCUAUCGCAUUGACAUCCGCACGCGGCGUUGGUACCUGCGCAUUUUAUACUACCUGAUUGACCUAUCACUGGUUAAUGGCUGGCUCCUCUACCGUCGUCAUCUCACCCAGAAGCAGGAGAAGAAGCACAUGUCGCUUCUUGACUUCCGUGCUCAAGUUGCUGAUGCCCUCAUCAAGGUUGGCAAACAGACUGACUUUAAGAGCAGGAAAAGAGGACGACCAUCUUUGGAAGAUUCUCCAGAACCCCAUCAGGCAGAACCACCUCCACCGCCACUCCAGAGGAUCGUUGCACCAUCGGUUGAUGUCAGACUAGACCGAGUUGAUCAUUUUCCCACCCAUGCUGAGAAACGUGGACGAUGCAGACUGUGCAAGGACGGCUACACACAAACGGCCUGCUUGAAGUGCAAAGUCCUUUUGUGCUUCACAAAGACCAACAAUUGCUUCAUGGACUACCACACAACAAAGUGACUUGUAAAAACGUCCUUUUGAGAUGUUGGUGGAAAAAAAGUCUGAGAUAAAGUUGUCUCUAAUUUUGUGAGAGAAAUUUUUUUUUCGAAUUUUGUUUUGUUAAUUUUUUUGUUUGUGACAUUCAAAUAAAGUUAACGUUCAUAUCA